AUGGUGAAGCCUCGGUUUAAGGGGAAAAGCUCGAUAAACCCCUCGUCGUCCAGCAGCAACCCUGAUCGAUCCCAAGGUGCUGGUGGGAACAACAUGAGGGACCGAGCCACUAUCAAGCGUCUGAAUAUGUACAGACAAAAACAGAGAUGUAAUAACCGUGGAAAAGUUAUCAAACCUUUACAGUACCAGUCCACUGUGGCUCCAGGGACUGUAGCCAGAGUUGAACCUAACAUCAAAUGGUUUGCAAAUACCCGUGUGAUCAAACAGUCGUCUCUCCAGAAGUUCCAGGAAGAGAUGGGAGCAAUACAAAAGGAUCCGUAUCGUGUGGUGAUGAGGCAAAGCAAACUCCCCAUGUCCCUUUUGCAUGAUAGAGUCAAAGCUCAUAACUCCAAGGUGCACAUUCUAGACACGGAAGGUUUUGAGACCACAUUUGGACCUAAGGCUCAGAGAAAAAGGCCCAGUCUCAUGGUGGCGGAUAUGAAAGACCUCGUAGAGAAGGCUGAGGCCUCAGCCCUGAGCUACAGUGCAGACAAGGACAAAGACCUGGUGACAGAGGACACAGGGGUCCGGGAGGAAGCACGUGAGGAAAUCUUCAAGAAGGGUCAGUCCAAGAGGAUCUGGGGAGAACUUUACAAGGUGAUUGACUCAUCUGAUGUCAUCAUCCAAGUGCUGGAUGCCCGUGAUCCCAUGGGAACACGCUCCAAAAGCAUAGAGACAUAUCUGAAGAAGGAGAAACCCUGGAAACAUCUGAUCUUUGUGCUAAACAAGUGUGACCUGAUCCCCACUUGGGUCACGAAACGGUGGGUUGCUGUUUUGUCCCAAGAGUACCCCACUCUGGCUUUCCAUGCCAGCCUCACAAACUCGUUUGGUAAGGGCUCCCUCAUCCAGCUGCUCAGGCAGUUUGGCAAGCUCCACACAGACAAGAAACAGAUAAGUGUGGGUUUCAUUGGCUACCCUAAUGUGGGAAAGAGCUCAGUCAUCAACACACUGCGGUCUAAGAAGGUCUGCAAUGUGGCACCCCUUGCCGGAGAAACAAAGGUGUGGCAGUACAUCACUUUGAUGAGGCGCAUUUUCCUCAUUGACUGCCCCGGUGUUGUCUACCCUUCAGAAGACAGUGAAUCUGAUAUUGUCUUGAAAGGAGUGGUUCAAGUGGAGAAGAUCAGGAACCCAGAAGAGCACAUUGGGGCAGUACUGGAGCGGGCCAAGCCAGAGUACAUACAGAAGACCUACCGUAUCCCUACUUGGGACUCUGCUGAAGACUUCCUGGAGAAGCUGGCAUUUCGCACUGGGAAACUUCUAAAGGGUGGUGAGCCAGAUCUCACUACGGUCUCGAAAAUGGUGUUGAACGAUUGGCAGAGAGGACGUAUCCCAUUCUUUGUGAAACCCCCUGGACCUGAGGGGGAUCAAGAGGAGCUACUGCCAGUUGAAGGACCUUCAGAGGUAGCUGAGAAUGUGCAGGGGGAACAGCCAGACAAUCUGGACGCCACUUCAGAAGAACACGAGGAACAACAGCAGCGGCAGCAGAGACAGAAGGACCAGGUCCAGAAGAUUCUGGCUAAUGUGCGACAGAACUUUGGCAAGAUUAACGUGGCACCUGAGUUCAGCGAGGAAGAUUUGGUUCCCGUGGAGAUGCCUGACCUGGACAUGUCUGACUUCUCCAGCUCUGAUGACGAGGAAGAUAGUGAGGAAGAAGAGGUUGGAGAGGAAGACGGGACCAGUGUUGAGCCAGCUGAUGGAGAAACUGAGGUCUCCGAGCCCACAACCACUCACACAGGCAAAGCAAAUGGCAACAACAGUUCACGCGAGGUAAUCCGUGAGCUGGAUGAGAAGAUCGCUAAGUACAAGCAGUUCCUGGACCGGGCCAAAUCCAAACGCUUCUCUGCAAUCCGGAUACCUAAGGCAAUGUCUGAGAAAGCAUUCACAGACAUAAAGACUAAACAAGCGGCAGCAGCUAAGCAAGCACAAAAGAAAGAUAACAAUCAGAAGAGCAAGAAGAGGAAAGCUGAGGAUGAGGAGUCCACCCACCCACGCAAACUGACCUCUAAACAGAGAAGAGCGAUGGACCGUGCUAAGAGGACAAAGAGAGUUGGUGUACGCUAUUAUGAAACACACAAUGUGAAGAACAAGAACAAGAACAGAAAGGCCCCAGCAUCAGCCACAGACGGCCAAAAGGCCAAAAGAUCAAAGCACUAGACUGGAGUUAUAAAACAAAACAUACGAAAUAAAUCCUUAUUUAAAUUAGCCAAAAAGGCCAUGUUUUUUAAAUUGAAAAUGUAGAGUUGAUGAAAGGUGGAAUGUAAGCUGAGUGUUAAAUGGCCUUAUCCUGACCUUUACUGUCCCUCAAGAAAAUGACUUUGUAUCUUGCCUUUUCAACUUUCUUUUCCCUUCAACAACUUUCUGUUUUUGAAUGACAUUUCAUUCAUCAUUUACAAGUGUAAAGUUCUCUUGACGUUCAAGAGAAAUGUACAGUAAUUGUACUUGUCAUGCUGUUAAAGAAAAAUAAAAUAUUUGCUAAUCACA